CCUCCCUGUGCGAGCGGCAGCAGAAUGCCUUAGUUUCCUCGUCUGCAUGCGUGUGGCGGGGUGAUGUGUCUGAGCGCUGAGCAGGAGGAGGACAGCACCUGGCAGGGAGGAAGAGAGGAGCGGUGGAGGACGAUAAAAAUGAGGAUGAGCAGGGUCAUCCUGCUGAGAUAGAGAACACUCUCUCUUUCCUUCCCUCUGUGUUUCUUUCGCCCAUGCGGUGGUAGUAGACAACACAGGACUUUCAGCUCGACUGCAUGGAAGCUCAGGGAGGGGCCGGGAGCCCAGAGCCCAAUAAAGACAUCCAGAAACUGCUGAAGCCCUCCAACUCAAGACAGCUGCUGUCCAAGGAGCUGUUCUCUCUGACUGCCGGUGAGGAAGAGGCCAGCCUGUCAGCUCAUGGCGCUAGCCUACUGCAUGUCACAGAGAGACGACAGCCGCUGAGCAGUGUGUCGUCCCUGGAGGUGCACUUUGACCUGCUGGACCUGACGGAGCUCACAGAUAUGUCUGACCAGGAGCUGGCUGAGGUGUUUGCUGACUCUGAUGAGGAGAACCACAAUGAGUCUCCAGCAGGCCCCAACCAGCCCUCCCUGCCCAGAGCAGGCUACAUGCGUUCACCCUCGUGGACACGCUGCAGCAAGGUAGAGCCACACCGCGAGAGGAAGCACCACAGCGACUCAGACACCACAGAGCCCUUCAUGAAUCUGGAGAGGCCGAAGCAGUCUUGAGGGCCAGGCCAGGGCCCCAGAGGGAGAAGUCCAGCCAUCCACACAGAGCAGGCAAAGAGAGCAGAACCAUAAACACCAAGCUGUCAAGAGACCGGAACCAUCCACACCCCACAGGCAGAGACUGCAGCUGCCCCUCCCUGAUGUGGACAACCAUGGUGCUGGGGAUGCUGUGGACGGUAGAACUGAUCAUGAGGGGGUUGCUGUUGCAUACAUGCAAACGUAUAUUUAGCAUGUUUUCUUUGCAAGGGGCCACUUCACACAGUUAGGAUUACUAGGCUUGUUUGUUUUGGAGUGAAUAUCAGGGUAUUUUUUCUUUUCAUGUGCAGGGUGAGCUGAAUAUGUGCAUCCGUAUCUCCUAGAAAAGACCAUGGUGUUUGAGGGGAGCACCCUCUCCAUAUGCAAUGCAGUGACUGAGAUGAGGGUCAGGGUUCACUGCUGAUUUACAGCAAGUAAGGUGUCAAUAUCAGAGUUGGCAGACUUACUGACACUGAAGGACGGCGCCACCUGCUGCCUGGAACGACUUCCUGUAAUACCUGAGGGAUUAUUCUCCACCCCUGUCCAUCGCUUUACUUUUCCCAAAUUCUCUAUAUUACUGUCAUUCAUCCUGAGUGUGUGGAAAGUAUAUUCUCUUUUCAUUUCAUCUCACACUGUGGAUCUCCUUUUGACCUGGAACUAAGGUGCUGGAUGAAAAUAAAGAGUCAAAAUAU